UAGGUACUAGAGUGUAGUGUAUCAGCGAGCACAUUUUACGAUAAUUGUAGUUAUUUUAGUAAUUAAAGAGUGACGGCCGCAUAAUAAUCAUGGUAAUUGCAUUUUGAUAAUUAGUCUUGAGUUAAAUAAGCCAUUGCUGUGGGUGCACACUCGGCGCACUGCGCGAAAAUGGGUAAUGAAACCUCUCUGCCCAUGGAGCUAUGCUCAAAUUUCGACGCCGAUGAAAUUCGUCGCCUGGGUAAACGCUUCAAGAAACUGGACUUGGACAACUCAGGUGCACUGAGCAUUGAUGAGUUUAUGUCAUUACCUGAGCUUCAACAGAAUCCUCUGGUACAACGUGUUAUUGAUAUAUUUGAUGCUGAUGGAAAUGGGGAGGUUGAUUUUAAAGAAUUUAUACAGGGUGUCUCUCAAUUCAGUGUCAAAGGUGAUAAACUAUCAAAAUUGCGCUUUGCGUUCCGAAUUUACGACAUGGAUAAUGAUGGGUAUAUUUCAAAUGGGGAACUGUUCCAGGUGCUAAAAAUGAUGGUUGGAAAUAAUCUCAAAGACACCCAACUUCAACAAAUUGUUGAUAAAACGAUUCUCUUCGCCGAUAAGGACGAAGACGGCAAAAUUUCUUUCGAAGAGUUUUGUUCGGUGGUUGGCAACACCGACAUACAUAAAAAGAUGGUCGUCGACGUUUAAGAGAUAUAGUAAUGCCAUUAACACUAACACAAUUAAAACAAAUGAAUGAUAACGUUCGAUUAUCUAACAUUAACAUUAUCUUUAAAUUAAUUUAUAAAUAAUAUGACUUGCUGUUGGAUUUGAUAUUUAUACGAAAACACAUUUUCGGGAUAACAUCUCCAUAUCAUAUAUGUUUGGCGAAUUGUUAUAAACAAGUCUUACUCGCGCCCUUAUACAAUAGGGGUAAACGUAAACGUUCAAGCUUUAAACCAAAAAACAAAAAUCAAACAAAUGCAAGGAUUGCGGAUUAUGUUGAAAUGCGUAUCACGUUCAUCUGAUUUGACCAAAUACAUUUCCGAAAAUGUGUUUAACGCGACUUUCGGAUGGAAUCUCUAUUCUAUAUAUCUUUACAUCACUUAUUAUUCUAUCUAUAGGAUCACGUUUAACUAUUGGAUAUUAAAUACAAAUGAAGCAAACAUAUUUCAACUUAUUAGUCAAAAGUCAUUAAUUAUUACGUAUGUGGUUGUUCAGAUAACAAUUUACUAAUCUAUUUAAACUAAAAAGAAAAGAUUCGCUACGAUUAAGUGCUGCAUUCGAUUAGAGAAUUCAUCAUCUGCAUUAGUCACAUAACUAAAAAUCUAACACUUGCGUGUGUUUUUGGUCACGAUUCAUUUCAAUCAUUCGUCAUUUAAGCGUAGACUUAAGUCGAAAGUACUGUCUUAUUCUAAGAAUGCUUCUCGUUCUUUAAAACCAACCAUUAUUUUGUUAAUCAAGUCACUUGAUACUUAAACUUGAUAUAUGAAAAUCGGAUAGUCAAGUGGGAAGAUGAAAAAAUGAUAAAGAAAACGCAAAAAAAAAUCGGAGAGUAAAUUAAAUACACAUUAUACAUGUAUAUUAAUUGUACUUUAUGUUUUAUCUUGGUGUUGUGUGUUUUAGAGGUAACAGUAUAUGUAUAAAACAAAAAGUAAUCACACAUACAAAUUAGUAAUAAGCAUGUAUUCUAACUUAUUACGUCAAUCUUCAAAACGGUCUGCUUAAUACACAACUAAAUGAUAUAUGGUAUGUACUUACUCAAAAACGAACUGAUCAUGCAUCAGUCAUAAACGUAGAAAUGUCGCUUUUCAAAUCGAAGCAAAGAAAAAACACACUAAAAUAAAAUAAAAACUCCACGGCACUUAUUAGCGCGUGCGUGGCUUCCUGGCGAUUGGGUUACAGUGCACAACCUGGUGGUCGAUUAGCCACGCGAAACUUUCGUCCACAUUGAUUCGCUGAUAGUUUCCGUCUGUGUGCGCCGGGAAUAAACACCGAAUGUUGAGGGAUUCUCUCUUUAGCUCAAGGCACUAUCGAUAACAUUUUAUGUGUAAUACUUAUUAAAUACAUUAGUGAAGACACUAGCUCGUCGUAGUGAAGAAAAGCGUAGCGAGAUGACAUUUAAAAAAAAAAACUACCGAGUAAAAUACCAAAAAAACAAUUUAAACGAUAAAUUCCCGUUGCAACCGCCGUACGUAUAAUAUUAUGCUGGACAGUUACUAUAAUACACUUGCGCCUCUUGUAUAAUAUGUUAUAAUAUGGUUGUGUUGUGCUGAUAAAAUAAUAUUAUAUAAUAUCUAGUUGAAUCUGUUUUAAAAACUUUAUGUUGUUCCAAUAAAAUAAUUUCACCUCUUUAA